AUGCUCGUAAAUUAAUUACAGAUGCGAAGAAACUCUAAUGCAAAUGAGCAAUUGGAAUCCUCCAUUAAUAACUAGAGUGAUAUCUCUCGCCAGUCAAUGAGCAUGAGCUCUACUCUCUAGAAAUAUGUUACCAAGAGGGAAAUGAUCUUUCUAAACAAGACUUCUGAAGGCGAGUUAAACUAAUCUCAGAUUUCCGGAUUAAACGAUUCCAGAGAUAUGAGCGAUACAUCUUCAAUAGGUGGAAAUAGAAGUAAAUUGCUUAUUUAGAAGGAUAAAACUAGCAAUCAAAUUUGGGUUCAGAGAAUUCCAAAGCUUGCAAAUUCUAUGGAUUUACCUCCUCCUACUAAUGGAUAAAAAAGAAAAGUGAGGGCAAAACCAAAAACUAAAUAGAAGACAAGUUUUGCAGAUUCCUCAACAAGUAAUGCAGAGUAAUCUAGUAUAAAUGACAUGUCUUAGACUUAGAUCUAGAUUGAAAUUCCAAAUAAUAGCUAAAAUGAUGAUAAUGAAUAGCCUAGAGCUCGACUUGAGAGUAUAGCUGAGGAUACUAUUAAUGAGACAGAGGAGGAUCAAUAGAAGAAAUCUUCAUUUAUUAACUCCAAAUAAAAUGAGACACCUUUAAAAAAUGCAAGUGUAUACACUGCAAAGUUUGGGAAUUCUUUACACGCAUCUUAAAUCACUCCAGACUCUUAGAAUAAUAGUUAUGUGUAACCAUAGGGUAAUAAUUAGCCAGUGAUUCAAGCCACAUAUAUCACAUAUAACAAUACUAUUUAGAAUUAUGAAUUUAAAGAUUUUAAGUAUGUGGGGGUAGAAAACAACUUUAACAAUUCAACUCAAAAUGUUUAUAAUACUAAUUCUCAAUAUUACAAUCAAAAUGCAAAAAAGAGGAAAAAUCCACAAGAUAUGUACCCUAAAGACUCAAUUGAUUAUCUUACACAUAAUCUGGAUAAGCAAAGUCUUAUCCAUACUAUCAGUAAUGCUGAUUAGGAUGUCAUAAACUAAAUACUUCUCAAGCAGCAUCAAUAAAUAGCUUCUUAAUAAGAUGAUAUGAUUAUAUUGGAGUAGCCUAGUUCUGAAUUUCAAUCAGUAGACCUGUUUAACAAUAGUAUUUAAAUAUCAAGGACUGGCUCAAUACCGAAUCUCAACUCGAUUCAAUCUUUUAAGAAGCUAGAUUCUCCAGAAAGUUUCAUGAAAAUACCUUAAAAUUAGCAAAGUAACUAUCAAUCAAAUGGAGCAGUAAACAGUCUAAACUUAUCAUAAGCAGAAAGAAGCAAUGAUGUGAAUAAAAAGAACUAAAUAAAUUUGAAUAAGAGAAUUUCUAUAAUUAGACCUCAACAGCAUAUGUAAUAAUUGAAAAAAAUACAGUCUUUGUAAAGUAUUGAGCAGCUUGAUAAGAACAGUGAAAUAUCUCCACCAAAUAAAUAUAUGGUAACUGAUGAGGACCUCAAAGGUUCUGUAAUAUCUAUUGAUAAUUAUAAUAAUAUAUCAAUUCAAAUCAACAAUGAUAGUGAACUGAAAAAUAAUAAAGAUCUAAGAGCCUUCUUUUAAGCUCAAAUAAUUCGACCUAUGAUAAACGAUUAAGGAUAUUCUCCAGCCUACGAAUCCUUACUUCUUAAUGAGAGUUAUGAUGAAACCUUAAGAAAAAAGCUUAAUCAAGUAAGAAGUACUCAUGAAAUUUAAACAAUGGAAUAAAAGUCAAGUAGAAAUUCAGUACACAAACUAAGAAAUAGUGGAGGUUCAGGAGGAAUUAAGUAUCCCUCUUUUGGAGGAAAUGGCUAGGAUUUCUCUCAGGUUUAAUUCACUGAAAAGUAAGAGUAGUAAUUCGUGCCAUCUCUUUUGAGAUAUAACAAAUAAAAUCUAAAUUUAAAGGAAACAUCCUCCUCAUUAAAUGUUUCAUCAAAUUAAGUAAGCAUUGAUCCUAUCUAAACCUUAAUGCAAUCUGAGAAGACUAUAAAAAUAAUUAGAACACCCAAAGAUUCCUAAAAGAAUAAAGGUAUAUUUGCUGCAGCUUCAAACACUUAAUAAGAAGAGCCAAUUAGAAAGUAAUCUGAAAAGAAAAUAGAGACGAUUACUAUUAAACUCACUUAGCUAAAAGAUAUUGCACCUUAAGAAUAACUAUUUGACACUAUUGUUGAAGCUAAAGGAGAGUAGGAGCAAUCUCCAGCUCGAAAGCUUUCAAAAAUUACAAGCUAAAUAUAAUCUCCAGAUCUUUUAUCACCAAAGCAAAGUGAUAGCUAACAGGCGAAUAAUCAAUAAACCCAAAACAGUAAAAACAAUACUCUUAGUCUUAAUUCUUCACCAGGACUAAAUUCACAUAGACUGACCGAUGGAAAUGGAAGAAUGAUAUCGGUAAAAUUUGUAGAAAGAGAAUUUAUAAAACUAAUGGACGAUAGCAUAGAUAUGGGUAGUGAAAGAUUUAACACUCAGAGAGCAUCAAUUAAUGAAAAAUAAAGCAUUAAAUACUAGCAUGAAUAAGUAGCCAAGUAAUUUUCAGACUAAAAACCGAAGCAAUCAAUCUCAAAAACUUAGAGAGUAACUUUUCAAGAAGAGAAUGAAAGGCUAUUUCACAGUGCAAUGUCACUUAACUCAAUACCAUCUUAAUCUCCCUCUAUUGGUACAAAUAAAUAAUCAGAGGCUUCGAUUUAAAAUCAAAGAUAGAAAUCAAUUUCUAAAACAAGGAGUAGAGUUAGUACAAAUGAUGUAGUUUAAAGGCUUUAUUAAACAUCAAGAGCAAGUAAAAGCCCUUUAAGAUCUAGUUUAAAGAAAAUGGAUAGUGAGAAUGAUCCAUUUAAAAGUGGGAAAACAAGUCCUCAAAAUUUUUAAACUUUUACCAGUCUUCCUUAAUCUGCAAAAAAUAAGAUCUUUUCUGGACUUAGAGAUGAUUUCUCACAUUAGCUGAGUUUACUAAAAGCUGAUUCAAGUCCUGGUCCAACUAUGAUGAGAAAGAUGCCAAUUAUUGAGAAUAAAGAAAAGAAAAUAGUAAAAUUGAUUCUUGAUGACGAUGAUGAUGAAUAGGAAGAAUUAACAAUAAAAAAUUAGGCUAAAACAUAUUAAAUUAACAGCAAUAUUACUCCUUCAGAUCUUUCAUUCUUUGAAAGCUAUGACAGCAGAAAGUAAUUUUCAGAUAAAAAGAAGAAACCCUUAUAUAAAUCAGCAAUAUCAACAAAUCUUACAUCACGACCGACAACAUAGUUAUCAAAUUUAACAAAAUAACCUCAAAUUAAGAAACCAUCUAUUAUCACUGGUGAUUCAAGAAGAGCUAUUUAAACUUCCAGAAAUACUUUAGUAAAGUCAUCUAGAGAUAAUACUCCUGGAACACCUCAAAGUACUGCACUUAAAGCAUUAAAGGAGAAAGCGCCAUUAACUAAAGUAGGCAUAAGAAAUAAGCCCGGUCUUUCCAAGUAAUCCUCGCAGCAAGAUAAAUAUUUCGAACCUUACUAAGAAAAGAAGAAAAUUGAGGGAACAGUAAGUCAUUUAUAACUUUAUCAUUUUUUAGAGUGA